GCGGGGGUGCGCCGCCAUGGCGAGCAACGCCGCCAGCCUCAACGCCGUGCGGGAGACCAUGGACGUACUGUUUGAGAUUUCAAGAUUAUUAAACACUGGCCUGGAUAUGGAGACCUUGUCCAUUUGUGUGCGGCUUUGUGAACAGGGGAUAAAUCCAGAAGCAUUAUCGUCUGUUAUUAAAGAACUACGGAAGGCCACAGAAGCUCUAAAGGCUGCUGAAAAUAUGACAAGCUGACAUGGGAGAAGAUUUCUUCCUGAGAUGAAUGCCGAACUGCAGAAUUAACAGAGGAUCUGAAGACUGUAUUCAAGAAGAGUUGAAGAUUUUGUAUUCAGAAAUACAAAAUGAAGUUGUAUGGGUGAAGGUUUCAGAACGUUURUGUAAUCUCCUUGAAAAGGAUAAUGUACAGAAUAAUUUUAUUGUAAACUUUUAAUAAGAUAAACCUGCCAGUAAUCUCAUUACACUUUAUUACUUCGUGUUUCUGUGAAGCAUGUGUACAUAUAGUGCUAAUGUUUUUCUUCCACAUCSAGUAUUUUUAAACUAUGAAAAAUACUGCAUGCUCACCGAACUUACCCGUGUAUAGCCACAGACGUAGUUAUAAUGAGUAGAGCUUGUUAAUGCAUCCUUUAGAAGUGCUAAUAUAUCCUAGUUUUAUCUUUUGCAUUGAGUGAAACUACAUGUGCAGCUUUAGCUUUUCUUUAUGGACAAGAUACAAAUGAAGACCCUCCUGACUUGAUUUUAAUUAGGGUAUGGGAAGUAAUGCAGUGA